AUGGCUCCCGAGCCGCCCUCGCCGGCGUUCGCCGAGGCCGGGCAGCAGAGCGGGCUGCAGGUGUGGCGCGUCGAGCGGCUGGAGCUGGUGCCGGUGCCCCCGAGCCUCCACGGCGACUUCUUCGUUGGGGACGCGUACCUGGUGCUGCGCACGGAGCGCCGCGGGGACAGCGUCGCCUACCGCCUGCACUACUGGCUCGGGAAAGAGUGCACCCAGGAUGAAAGCACAGCUGCAGCUAUCUUUGCUGUUCAGAUGGAUGACUAUUUAGGAGGGAAGCCUGUGCAGAGUAGAGAAAUUCAAGGCUAUGAGUCAACUGAGUUUGUGGGUUACUUCAAAGGAGGAAUUAAAUACAAGGCAGGUGGUGUUGCCUCUGGAUUUAAUCAUGUUGUUACUAAUGAUCUGAGUGCUCAGAGGCUCCUGCAUAUCAAGGGCCGGAGAGUUGUAAGAGCCACAGAAGUCCCCCUGGCUUGGACCAGCUUCAACAAAGGAGACUGUUUCAUUAUUGACCUCGGAAAUGAAAUCUACCAGUGGUGUGGCUCAUCAUGCAAUAAAUACGAGCGGCUGAAGGCUACACAGGUUGCUAUUGGCAUUCGGGACAAUGAACGAAAUGGAAGGUCUAAAUUAAUUACUGUGGAAGAAGGGAGUGAGCCAGAACGCCUCGUAGAGGUUUUAGGGAACAAGCCAGAGCUUCCUGAGUGUGAUGAUGAUGAUGACGAACUAGCUGAUAUCACAAACAGGAGAAGUGCUAAGCUAUAUAUGGUGUCAGAUGCAAGUGGAUCCAUGAAGGUGUCCUUGGUAGCAGAGGAAAACCCCUUCUCUAUGGCUAUGCUUUUGUCUGAGGAGUGCUUCAUUUUGGACAACGGUGCUGCCAGGAAGAUCUUCGUGUGGAAAGGCAAAGAUGCCAACCCUCAAGAGAGAAAAGCUGCCAUGAAGAAUGCUGAACAAUUCAUUCAGCAGAUGAAUUAUCCUGCCAACACACAGAUUCAAGUCCUUCCUGAAGGAGGUGAAACACCAAUGUUCAAACAGUUUUUCAAAUACUGGAAGGAUAAAGAUCAAAGUGAUGGCUUUGGCAAAGUACAUGUCACAGAGAGAGUGGCUAAAAUUGAGCAGGUUGAAUUUGAUGCUACCAAGUUACAUGAGUCUCCACAAAUGGCUGCCCAGCAUAACAUGGUAGAUGAUGGUUCAGGGAAAGUAGAGAUCUGGCGUGUGGAAAGCAGUGGCCGAGUUCCUGUGGGACCUGAGACAUAUGGACAGUUCUAUGGGGGUGACUGUUACAUUAUCCUCUACACUUACCCUAAAGGGCAGAUCAUCUAUACAUGGCAAGGAGCCCAUGCUACAAAAGAUGAACUGACUGCAUCUGCAUUUCUGACUGUUCAGCUGGAUCGGUCAUUAAAUGAUCAGGCUGUGCAGAUCCGAGUCAGUCAAGGCAAAGAGCCUGCACAUUUACUGAGCUUGUUCAAAAACAAACCACUUAUAGUCUACAAGGAUGGGACGUCCAAGAAGGAAGGUCAGAAACCUGCUCCAGCGACACGACUCUUCCAAAUCCGCAGGAACCUAGCAGCCAUUACUAGGAUUGCAGAGGUUGAUGUUGAUGCAGUGUCACUAAACUCUAAUGACGUCUUUGUUCUGAAACUGCCAAACAACUCUGGCUACAUGUGGGUAGGAAAAGGAGCAAGUAAAGAAGAGGAACAAGGAGCUCAAUACAUUGCCAAUGUUCUCAAAUGCCAGACCACUAAGAUUAAUGAAGGCCAGGAACCAGAGGAAUUCUGGAAAGCACUUGGAGGCAAAAAACAAUACCAGACUUCAUCACAUCUCUUGACAAAUGCUGAAGAUCAUCCCCCUCGCUUGUAUGGUUGUUCUAAUAAGACAGGCAGAUUUAUUAUUGAAGAGGUCCCAGGAGAAUUCACUCAGGAGGAUUUGGCUGAAGAUGAUGUCAUGUUGCUGGAUGCUUGGGAGCAGGUUUUCAUCUGGAUUGGGAAGGACGCUAAUGAAACGGAGCGACAGGAAUCUGUUAAAUCGGCCAAACGCUAUAUUGAAACAGAUCCUUCUGGCAGAGAUAAGGGAACCCCCAUUGUAAUUGUGAAGCAAGGGUAUGAACCCCCCACAUUCACUGGCUGGUUCCUGGCUUGGGACUCAAACAAAUGGAAGAACUGA